UUGCGCCUCAAACGUACGAAGACUGAGAGGUAUAAUAAACAACACACAACCACAAACAACUAUUCACAUUUCACACCCAACCCCCGUCUUACAAGCAAUACACACAUACACUCGCACAGUCUCAACAACUACCUAUCAAUUUUCAAUCAAUCCACAGUUCUAAGCUCAUUUCUUGUUAGUUUUCGCAAAUGGGUCACCCCCUCUUGGAAGCUCUCAACGUCCGGGUCGUCGGCUCCGGCGAGAAAGUUCUUGUUCUCGCCCACGGCUUCGGCACCGAUCAAUCGGCCUGGAAUCGCAUUCUUCCCUAUUUCUUGCGCGACCACCGUGUCGUACUCUACGACCUCGUUUGUGCCGGAAGUGUCAAUCCUGACUACUUCGAUUUCCGGAGAUACACCUCUCUUGAUGCCUAUGUCGAUGAUCUUCUCCGCAUACUUGAUGCUCUUGGUAUUGAUCGCUGCGUCUAUGUCGGUCACUCCGUCUCCGCCAUGAUCGGAAUUUUAGCCUCCAUUCGCCGCCCGGAGCUCUUCUCCAAACUUAUCCUCAUCGGCGCUUCGCCCAGGUUCUUAAACGACAAAGACUACCAUGGUGGAUUCGAGCUAGGAGAAAUCGAGAAAGUUUUCUCAGCUAUGGAGGACAAUUAUAAGGCAUGGGUGAGCGGCUAUGCUCCCCUGGCUGUCGGCGCCGAUGUGCCUGCGGCGGUCCGAGAGUUCAGCCGGACUCUGUUCAAUAUGAGGCCUGAUAUAACCCUAUUCGUGUCGCGAACUGUUUUCAACAGCGAUUUGAGGGAGGUGUUGGGCUUGGUGAAGGUGCCAUGUUUCAUAAUUCAGACGGCGAAGGACGUCUCUGUGCCGGAGUCGGUGGCGGUGUAUCUGGAGAACCACCUUGGUGGGCGGAACAAGGUGGAGAUGUUGAACAUUGAGGGCCAUUUGCCCCACCUGAGUGCGCCGGCGUUGUUAGCCCAGGUGCUCCGGCGAGCCCUGUCACGGUGACUGAACUCUUAGUAUUGGGUCAGUGGUGUGGGCUGUUUGGUACGCGGGCCACAAAGUUUCUAACAACAACUAGGAAAUAAUGGUGGAGCUGUUGACACCUAGAGUGAAUAAGUUGUGGACAUGAAUUUGUGAUCUUUUGCUAUUAGUGUUUGAAUCUUAUUUUGUUAACUAAACAUUUGACUAUGCUUUGUUUUAUUUUUCCAAUCUUAUUUAUUACAGCGAGUUAUUUGUUUCGGAUCCUCAACUUUAAGAUCUAACUGUUCCUGUUGUUGGCCAUUACCUCACCCGCCAAACUCUACGUAUGCUUAUAGUUGAAUAAAUAAAAUUAAAAAGUUGA